AUGACCACUUCUGAACUCCUAUGGAAAUUCCGAUUUAUUGCCGAUUUUGCAGCUAUCGGAACUUUAUGCUUUAUGACUAUUAUGACAGGUGUUGUUAUUUAUUUGACUAAUAAUAUUAUUGAUGAAAUUGAUGAAGUUAGAGAUACUUUUAUGAGUAAGAAGAAGGUUUUUGAGAUGUACGCCAACGAUGCUGAAAACUUGAUGUCUCAUAAUCGUCACGUUGAGGGUUUCGCUGAUAUGUUCAACACAAUGAUUCGAGCACCUAGGAGAUCAUCUAAUUCCUGUAACUAA